AUGCUAACCCAAGACACAAACUAUAUCGGUAUUACCAUCCACGAUCAGGACGACGCACCUAAACCCCACCUUAGUCCUCCGCACAACUCCAUUCCUCCUCCUCCACCACCUCCCGAUUAUCGUCAUUCUUUUCACGGCUUUGUUAACCGCACGAGAUACCAUCAACGCACAAAGUCAACUCACCUACAAUCUCCCACAACGUCCGAAACUCAGCCUCACAGUAAUGCUACUACUUCGUUGUCUCGUCAUGCUUCCGUUACACUACCUACUAUCAACACUCACCACUUGCCUAAUCCUAAACCGUCUUUUUCUGCAACCACUUCCACCUCACUCGCCAACUCUCCUCACUCUCCUCGCUACCAAAUGACGCCCACCUCGCUCAAAAAUACGUCUCCGCACCUCUUACCUUGCUCCAAUUCACCUAUGCGGUCCACCUCCGUCGCUAUACCAGAAGAACCGGCAUAUGAUGUAUCUCCAGCCCACCCUUCUCCAUCAGAAUACUCGGGAGCUUUUCGGAAAGUGCGUCACAACAGUCUUCAACCACCACUCUACAAUCGAUAUUUACCUCGUAUCAAUCCUUUGAUUUCAUUAACGCAACGUCUGAAUACCACGUAUCGAGCGUGUAAUGUCGGCUUUCAGUACAGCUCCACCCGCAAUCCUCGUCGAGUGUUGACCAAGCCUAGUAAAUCAUGUGGCAAUGAUGGUUACGAUAACGAAGAUUUUGACUACAUCUUAUACGUCAAUGAUAUCCUGGGGAAUGCAGAAGGUCACAAAUAUAUCAUUCUAGAUGUGCUGGGAGCGGGGACGUUCGGUCAAGUGGUUAAGUGCCGGAACAUGAAAACGCAGGAAAUGUUGGCUGUCAAAGUGGUCAAGAAUAAACCAGCCUAUUUCCAACAAAGUAUGAUGGAAGUGGCCAUUUUGAAGACGAAUCAGUUUCGAGGAUUAUCAACGAACCUCGUACGCGUUUUUACGGCGCAAAUCCUCGACGCGUUGACGGUACUAAACGAGGCUCGUAUAAUUCAUUGUGAUCUAAAGCCCGAGAAUAUCUUGUUGAAAAAUCUAGAAACACCUACGAUCAAAGUCAUUGAUUUUGGUUCAGCAUGCGAAGAGAUGCGAACCACCUAUACCUACAUUCAGUCACGAUUUUACCGCUCCCCUGAAGUGCUUCUCGGAUUGCCUUAUACCAGCGCUAUCGAUAUGUGGUCACUUGGAUGCAUUGCCACCGAACUUUUCCUAGGCUUACCGUUGUUUCCCGGUAGUUCAGAGUACAACCAAAUAUCGCGUAUUGUCGAAAUGCUUGGAGAACAAGGGAAAACGGAACAACCGUCCAAGCGCUACUUUUCAGCAAAGACUCUUUCAGAACUCAUUCUCAGCUAUCCAAUGAUUCGUAAAGAAUCUUUAACGUCCAAAGAGGUUGAAAAAGAAAAGCAAACGCGAUUAGCCUUUAUCGACUUUUUGCAAGGUUUACUCAAUUUGAAUCAUUUUGAACGAUGGUCGCCUCAGCAAGCGAAGCAGCAUCCUUUUAUUACCGGAGAGCCAUUUAUAGCACCAUUCAAACCACCUUACAUUCCGCGACAGGAACCCACCAUGACCAACCUGUCUUCACCCGUCACCAAUCCCAUCCCUUAUUCCGAUCCCAAUCACGUUAAUAUCAUGGUGCACCACUCGGCGCCCGCGCAACAGCCCCCUCCGCCCAUGAAAGGUUACGCUUCGCAACCGUUCAUGUCGCCUACCUUUCCCAAUUUGCCCGAAUUCCAACAGUCCGCAUCGCGGCCGAUGGGGACCUCAUCAUCUUCUCACGCUCCUCCGAAUCCUAAUCUUCAUCAUCAGCCGCUUGGAUCCUACACAGGUUUGCCGUUUCCACGCGUUCUUGACCCUCCCGAACCCAUCCGGGAGCAUGACACCGAAGAUCGAUUUUCGUCGGCAACGAUGAAAUCUGUCAAUUUAUCGCCGAUCCUCCCUUCCUCCGGGUCAGCGCCCCAUGGGGCUGGUCGUCCAAGGGCCAACACCGUAGGCACCAUGCAUAUGUCUUGGUCUCCUCGCGAGAGACCGUUUUUGAGAAAUCAUGCGGCACCGGUCAAUGAACAUCAUUUAUCCAUCCACAGUCAUCGCAAAGACAAUUUAUACGGUAACUUUGCGUAUGCUGGUCAUCCUUCCUCCAUUCCGUCGUCCACACAACAUCUUCACUUACCUACCUCGUCUACUUCUCACACGCACCAAGAGACGCUUUUCCCUGAUCAUUCGCAUUGGGGUUACAGCGAUUUUCAAGGCAUUCAAGUGGACACAGCUCCUCGCGAUGCAAACCAUGUUCCCUCAUCUACCUUGCAGAGUACGGCGUUACAUCCGUCGGAUUUUAUGCAUGAUAAUCCCAGCUUGGAUUCCGAUGAUCCGCAACUCACCUUGCCUGUCAGCAUGCAAGAUACCUACACCGAUCAUGGUAGUUGGAAUUCAAAAUCAAUGUCACGCGUGAUAGAUUUGGAACGCGAUGGUGACUGGAAGGAUGACAGUAUACCUCGACGGUCAUUUCACCGACGCAGUAACAGCAGUGUCCGAUUCUCGGAUAUUGCCCUACCGUCAUCCUCGGGCGCUCGAUCCAGUGUUGCAAGCAAUGUGGCGAGUCUUCAUCGUCGGGUGCGAGGUCAUCCAAUGCCAUUUAGACAGGACUUGGAAUGGGAUGGCGUUCACAGCAUGCCUGUAGAACAACUCUUACCCACCGUAUCUAUUGCACCCACCUCAUCCGCUUCCUCUCGGUCCUCUCAACUCCCUAUUGACUUGGAUGACCACAGAAGAAAAUGGAAAGACGAGAAAGAUGGAUGGAUGAUUGCUUAA